AUGACACAGACCACUACAAGUACUGCUGCCUACGCCAACCACUUUCCACAGGUAGUAAAGACCAAUGGAAUCUGGGACUGGCAACUUAAGUCCUCGCCACCCGGCGCAACUCGGGAAGAGCAAAAGAGAGGUCGUAUCACGGCACUGUGGCCAGGAAGUGGUGUUCAUUGUGUUCGAGCCUUAAGCUCUGUUAGAUGGGAGAACUUUGAGUUGCAGCCGUUUGACGGUAAUGAGUUGGGUUGGCUCGGUAAUGGAUGGACUCUGGCAGAGAAGUAUCCAAGUGAUGAUCUAGAAUCUCUGACUUGGUACCUGAACGAUACGAAUAUUCUCAAGUAUCGGUGA